AAGAGAGCUGCUGUCCAGCCAGGUAGAAAAACAAAGAGAAAAGGAAAUGAUGAAUUGAAAAGGAUGGAAGUCUAGAUAGUUGGUCCUUUCUCUCUCUGAUCUCUCUCUCACAUACAAUAUUAUAUCUCUGGCUAGUAUAUAGUAGUAUACUAUUAACUAAACUUGGUCAAUGUCAAAGCCCCCCAACAGUAACCCCCUUCUUACCGUCACCAUGAGAAAGACUAGCUUUCUAGCUUAAUAUUUUUCAGUGUAAUUUCAAGCCCACCAGCCAACUAAUUACACACAAAGAAGAGAAAAACAAAAAUGUUCAACUUACCGUCAAACUCUUGGAAUGUGAACAACAAUGACCCCAUUAACUCCUUUUCUCAUGACCAAUAUUAUUCCCAUAAUUUCCAAAAGCCUUUUCCGAACCAACAAGAUCAAUACAAUUAUACCCUCAAUUCCAAACAAGAAGUGUCUCACCAUCUUGAUCAUCCAAAAUGUCAUUCUUGUACUGAUCAGCCUUUGUCUUUCCCCAACGCUUACACGUCUCCGUUUGAAGACCAAAACCUUUUGCCACAAAACAGUCAUGGCAUAAAUGUUUCGCAGCAGUUCUACUACUCACAACCCUCUUUUGUGAAAGAAUCGGCUGAGAAAACAAGUGAUGUACUACUUCCAUCUGAAACUUUUACUCCUACAAUCACCGGCAGCAAAUUAGUCAAGUCGGAUUCGGAUCGUUCGGGGGAAGAUCUCAGCGAAUCUGUUGCUCCUACUGACCAAUAUGAUCAGCCGCAGAUCUUAAGGAAGAGAAGCGGUGGCGGCUGCGGAGAUAGUGGCAACAACAAGAGCAAGAAAAGGAAAGACCGCCAUAGCAAGAUUCACACCGGUACAACCCGACCGAGGCACCGGAGAAUGAGGCUGUCCAUCGACGUUGCUCGUGAGUUUUUCGAUCUCCAAGAGCUCCUCGGAUUCGAGAGGGCUAGCAAGACCGUGGAGUGGCUGCUCAGAAAGGCAAGAUCAGAGAUUAAGAAACUUAAGGACUCAAACAACGAAGGUGGCUGCAGUAGUACUUGUCCGGAGAUGCAAACGCCUUCUCCGAAUUCCGAAAGCUGUGAAGGGGCUUCGGGUUUGGACGAGGUGGGGAUCAAUGGAGAAGAUCAAGGAGUUGCCGGUACUAGUAGUUCCAAGCCUUUGGUAAAAGGGAGAACGAAGUACAGCAGAUCAAACUCGAAAAGGGUUGCAAUAAAUCCGCGCGCAAAGGAGCUGAGGGAGAAAGCGAAGGAAAGGGCAAGGGAGAGGACAAGAGAGAAAAUGAGCAAAAGGGUCGAAAGAGUUGAGCCUGCGGUACAAAAUCAUCACGGCAGCGGCGGCGGGGUCGGCGGCGGUGGUUCGAGCACAAAAAUUGCAAAUCAUAACAAAGAUCAUGAUGAUCACGGCUUCAAGAUCAACCAACCUGCAAGCAACAAAUCUGAGGAGAAACAACAAACUGGAGACCAAUUACCAAACCAAAACAUGAUGGACAUUGACAUGAAUAACAAUAUUGUUACUCCCAACUCCUCCCUUGGGGCUGUGAUGCAGGUUUCUAGAUAUGAUCAACGUUAUGAGUUUUCGCAGGAAAUAUUACCGAUUUCGAAUCCAAAUGGCUGGAAUAUUGUCCAAGUAUCAAAUCAUGAUCAUAUUCUUGAAACAAGUACUACUAGCACUAGUAUAACUGCACCAAUUGUUGAUUAUGAGACAUAUUCUUAUUUGGUGAAUCAUUUGGAGAAGUGGAACAAUUCUUUGGUUGCUAAUUCUGUGAGCAACGUUGGUACUACUUCUGGUGCUACUGGAUUUGGAGUUCCCCAACUGCACCAGUUUAAUCUUUCCAACUUUCAAGUCUUUGGCAACGAAUUGGAGGGCUUCAACGCCACACCCAAAAUCUAUGCUGAUUACUAGAUUUAUCUUGAGAUCAUGUGGUUUAAUUGAAUUUCAUGCAAGCUACCUAUAUAUUCAAGCAUCAUGGGAGAAUUCAGGAAAAAAAAAAAAAAAAAAAAAAGGUAUCAUGGGAGAAGAGUAUAUUUUUAUGCAUGCUUUCCUCAUCUCAACAAAUGAACAGAAUUAUGUACAUAAGAAAUAUGCUGGGAUUGGCUGUGGAUGGAGGUUUCUAGAGUAUAUAUAGUUUUACAAAAGACUUGCCUAUAUAUAUCAGCGGCUGUUUGAUACAAGGAUGAAGGGAAAAAAAGAAAAGAAAAGAAAAGGUGUAAUGGACAUGUCUUUGUGGAGCAAAACUUGGUGAUGAGUGAUCAUAUUGAAUAAAGCACUCUUCAUCUUCGAAGGCAGUCUUGCCAUAAUUAGUAUUUUAAUUUCUUAGGUUGUUGAGUUUUUUU